GCAUGUGCGAGAGGGGCAGCGGCGGCGGCGGCAGCGGCGGCGGGGCGGAGCCGUUGCCGAGCUGAGGCGGCAGCGCGGAAGGAGCCGGAGAUGGUGGCCGCGGCCGGGGGGCCGCAGCUCCGCGUCGCCUCGCUCUUGGCCGCGGCGCUGCUGGCGCUGCUGGUGUCGCAGCCGCCGCCUGGCAGCGUGGCCGGGGCCAGCCUGGCCGAGAACGUGGUCUGGGCCGUCAACGCCGGCGGGGAGGCCCAUGUGGACGUCCACGGCAUCCACUUCCGGAAGGACCCCCUCGAGGGACGGGUGGGACGAGCUUCCGAUUAUGGCAUGAAAUUGCCCAUCUUGCGCUCCAACCCCGAGGAUCAAAUUCUCUACCAGACGGAACGCUACAACGAGGAAACCUUUGGCUACGAGGUCCCGAUCAAGGAAGAGGGCGAUUAUGUCCUGGUGCUGAAGUUCGCCGAAGUCUAUUUUGCACAGUCUCAGCAGAAGGUUUUUGAUGUGCGUCUGAACGGCCACAUGGUGGUGAAGGACUUGGACAUCUUUGACCGAGUGGGACACAGCACUGCCCACGAUGAGAUUGUUCCCAUCAGCAUCAAGAAGGGGAAGCUGAGUGUGCAGGGAGAGGUUUCUACCUUCACAGGGAAGCUCAACAUUGAGUUUGUCAAGGGGUACUAUGAUAAUCCAAAAAUCUGUGCGCUCUAUGUCCUCGCAGGAACAGUGGAUGAUGUUCCAAAGCUUCAGCCUCACCCAGGCCUGGAGAAGAAAGAGGAGGAGGAAGAUGAAGAGGAGUAUGAAGAAGGGUCCAGCCCUAAAAAGCAGACCAAUAAGAACCGGGUCCAGUCAGGCCCCCGCACACCAAACCCCUAUGCCUCGGACAACAGCAGCCUCAUGUUCCCGAUCUUAGUGGCCUUUGGCGUCUUCAUUCCAACCCUCUUCUGCCUUUGCAGGUUGUGAAAAAGACAGCAAGCACAGUGGUCUGCAAGCCGGGGAGGAGGAGUUGGGCCGGACGUGGAGUCAGUCCUGGCUUCUCCGUAUUUAAGGAAAAUAAUGGCUUUUUAAGGAGCAGCAGGUACAAUAAAGGGAGAGUUUGCAUCCCCCUCAGCAGAACUUUGGGUCUUGGCCAGCUGUGGGCCAGCAGCGGGCACCUUUCCUGUCCAGAAGGUCUUGAAGCAGAACCUGGAUCUUUGGGGCAGCGAAUCCUGCGACGAGCAAGAUGGCGUCAAAAGGGGCGGGAGAAAAGGCACACGAUCCAAAGGUUGGCUGAAAAGAAAAGCGGCCACUGAGCAGCCUUGCUAGAAGGAUCCACGGGUGUGGAGGUGGGGGUUAGGUAGACAUCCGCUAGAACAUUUGUAGCUCAACACAUGGUACUUCUUUUCUCCUCUGAAUGAGGAGGUUCACCUUGACGGAUUGAUGUUUGGUCAACCUGCUUUUGGUUAUGGAACAGGUUGAGCAGGUAAUCUAGAUCCCCUGCUCUGCCAGGCAUUCUGAGAAGAUUUUAUUUUCAGGCAAGUGCUUUCCCUGGUCAUGACAAUUCUGGCAAGUCUUGAGUUGUCCUUAGAGAAUUCCCCCUUCCUCUCUCUCUCUCUCUCACACACACACAGACACGGUGUAACUUUAAUCUAGUUUCUCUCCCCCGCCUCCCAAAUGCUGUGAUUCCACUCUUGACUCCUCUUCCCAUUCCAUGUUACGUGGCAAAAACCUGACCAGUAGAAGCUGGCACUCCAGCAGGCAUGUAGGAAUCUUCCCUGAUGGCCUUCCGUUUUUCUUGUGCCUGGAGACUUUCCAUAAUCCAAGGUGGCAUCUCCUUUUUUCUGCUUAAGAGGUCCAGAGCUAGGAAAUCUCGAAAAGGUUUGCGUCUUUGAGCUUCUUUAGGCUCAGCUUCAAGGCAACUUUUGAAAGAGAUGCAUGCCCUCUGGAGGGAUCCCGCUGGCCAUUCCUUUCUCGGGUCUUUUUGUGGGCAGAGUCUGAAAUGACCUUAAAAGGUGCUUCCUGCCAUGGAGAGCAGAUUGUAUUGUAAGCAAAGGCAGGGUUGCUUGAGAAUCUAUAACCUACAGAAAAAUUCCCUCCUUGGGCUGUUGGGAUUGCUGUUGUUAUCUUCCCUAAAUAUUUACUGGGAUCUAAGGAAUAUUUCUCUCUCGCCUCUCUUGAUGUGGCUUUCUGGUUUUCCAUUGCUGUAGUUAUAUAAGUGGAAUCUGGGCAAAACAAAGGCAGAGUGGAAGACAUUUUCCUCCGUGGCCUUUUCACACAGAGAGCGAGAUGACUGUACUUGUCAAUCAGUCAGUUGAUAUUCAGCUCAUGGUGCUUCAGCCCUGCAGCGGCCAGGUUGUGCCACCGUAUUUAAUGUUUGGGCCUAUAAUCUGUUCCAUUUUCCCAGUUUGUGGGCUUAAUUUUAAGGCACUUGUCCGGUUUCUUUCCAGCUACAAUCUCAACAGGGAAGUGAACUGUUUUGCAUUUUCUUUUCAUACUGCUAGUAAACAUAUUAAACUCAGUCAGCUGCUCUCUUUCUCCAGCUGGCUCAGAAAAUAGUCUUCCUGCCCAGAUUUGGCUUCCUUUUAGACAUUUCACCUCAAAAGUAAUUUUUUUUCUUUUUAUUUAUUUAUAUAUAUUUCUACCAGACAGUAGUAUGCCCACCCCAUCCUGCCCCAAUUUAUUUAGGAAUAAACCCCAUUUGACUGAAAAUGCUGGCAGGGAUUUGCAAGAGCCCCAUCUGAAAGCUGCUCCCCUUUGCUCUUUCUGACCAUGGCUCUAAAUUUCGUUUGAUGGAAGCCCAUAUUCAGAAGUAGGGUGUCCCAUUUUCAUGGCUGUCAUUGGUGAAGUGACUUCUGGGUUAUGCCCUGUGAGACAGUUGAUACCUGCUAGCAGAAUAUAGCUAUGGAAAUUUCGCACCUUCAUUGUCUCACACACACAUUACCCCGAAAUAAUUUCACCAAUAUAUUCUUUGAAUUUCAACUUGGAAGAAUUUGAAUCGGAAGCCAUGAAUGUUGCAGGUGUGGACAGAUGAAUCUGUUUUUCAAAGCAGGUGGAUGUUAUGUGAGCUCAGGUACAUAGCCACGAGGGUAAGGGGCCGACUGUUCAUUUUUUUGAAUCCUUAAUCUUUAAACGAAAGCCCUUGUAGCUGUUUAUUUAGAGGCUGACUUAUAUUUUGCAAGUGAACAGAACAUAUAGGCUGCCUCGCCUCGCUCGUACCCUAAUUUCCCACUUGAUUGUAAAACUGCACAUUUCCUCCACAAACAAAUGGAAGAUGGAGGAAGACCAAGUGAGCGAUUGCAACCUUAUUUCCAUUCCCUUUUUUUCUCCAGGGCCAGAGGAGGCAAACAGUUACUGAUUAUCUUCCUGAGCUAUCUGAGUACUUGCUAUCGUCUCCAAUUCAGAGAACUCAAAAUUCCUAAAGGAAGAGAUGGUUUGUUUCUGAUAUGGAUGGGUAGACUUAACACAACUGAAAUUCUGCAUUUCUGGGUCUUGAGGUGUAAAAAAAAGGCAAUUCCCUUUUAUCCUAAGAAGGUUUGGUUCCAGUCAUUCACUAGUAAGAGCGGCUUCAUCCCUAUUUUUUAUACAGAAAGAACGUGGCCCUAAUUUUCCCUUAGAAUUUGAAUACGUUGAGUGUGGCAAGACAUUCUAGUAUUUUCUUUCUUAAAGGAAACUGCAGCAAAGCCAGCAUUUGAAUCUGCAUUUGUUGCUUCUGCCUUUUGAACUUUUUCAGGUAUGAGUUGGCAGGCUUCUUUGCAUGUCAAGAGGUGGUUUUUUUUUUUUUUAAAAGGAACUUUGUUUUGUAGAAACUUUGCACGAGAAAGGCCCUUGGGGCCCCAUGCUCUGUACACUUGCAGAAAGUGGAGAAGUUCACCCUCUACCCUUCACUUCCUGUUCUGAGAUGCCCUUAAAACCAUGAGCAUGUGCGAGGGCUGGGUCUUUCAUUCCUCUAUAUACUCUGAGAAUAAAAAACAACAACAGGCGUAUCUGUCAAGAUGAUGCUUGCAGAGUUGCCCUCCACAAAGCACAUCACAACAGAAGCUGAUCUCUUCUUCCACAGAUUUUGCUUUUAAAACUCUCUGGUUGUGUUUGUGCGGGGCAUCUGCCCCUUUUAGGAUCUAUAAAAGUAUUAAGACUACUGUGGAUCUGCACAGUUUGAGGCAGAGGGUUGGGGGUCAACUGGCUUACGUUGCCUUGGCAUCUUGAUUUAGGGACUGUGGUCCUUGAGGCUCUUCUAUACCUAAGCUGGAGAUCUUGUGCUUGCAGGCUGUAGGGUACAAGUGAAUGGCAGUCUAUGCCUGCCAGAUGCCAAAAGGUGAUGAAGGUUCCUUCUGCUACCGCUGUUGUGAGCAGGGUCCGCGUUCUGGAUUCAUUUAUGCUGAUGCAUGCUUUAGUUAUGUGUUUGGGGCACUGGUCCUUGUGUAGUAGCAUUAUUGGGCACAGUGGAAUCUGGCUGCCCCUUUGUGGAAUUGUUUUUAUUUUGUGACCUACAUUUUGCUUGCACAAAUAUCAUGCCCUCUCCCUUAGCCAGUAGGGGGAAUAAAUGACUAUUUUAUAGUUCCUGAGGUUCCAUCAGACCUAUGCUACUGAGAAAUGUUCCUGUUUUACUGCAGCAAUUUAGACAUUCAGAAGAGGAAACCUAUGAAUCGGGUAUCAUCGUUUAAAUAUCUUCAAGAGCGAGAAAGGGCCAUUUGAGCAGCCUUGGGAAAGAUCUGCAGUUGCCUUUGGCUGGAGGGCUGGGUCGGGGCUCAUCAGUGAAUCCCAAAGGUAAAACCUUGCUUUGGUAUGGGCAUUGGGUAAUUCCAAUGGGUAUUCCGUUGGAUGUAGGCCAAGACUCGCUAAAAGCAUCUCCGACUCCCAUUUAAGUUGGAAAGACCGGGUGUUGGAAUUUGCCAAAAGGAAAGCCUAAGUGAGCGGAUAUUGUUGGGCCUCCCUGGCCGCAAAGCCAAAGGUAAAGUUGAGGUGGUUGCUGUGGAGAACUGUGUUUAUCCUAAAGACCUGACUGUAGAUGGCUUUUGAAAACCCCCGAAGACAAACACAGCAGUAGAAAUCUCUGCUGGAGAAUUUUGGAUAGGCCUUGAAAUGCCGUCUUCCUUCAGGAGCUUAGCUGGUGGUUCACAAUGCCUGCUAGCCCCUAAUGCUGCUUCCUUCAAAGCAGAAGAGCCGAGGGAGGGAGGGAAUAGGGAGGCAUUGGCAGCCAACCUCCUUCCGUUGCCUUUGGGCUGCCCCCCCCCUCCGCCCCCAGGCCCCCAAAGCUGUGCUUGAUGGGGAUCUGAGAGUGGUGCUUAGCUUCCAGAUCGUUAUUUGACUUGGUCUCUGUGUCCCUGGGUUCGUUUCUUGAACCAAGAGAUCACUCCCUGGUUAAGCCUGUGGGAAAUUAUUUGGGGUGCCUUUGGGGAAAUGCCUUGAGAGAUUUUUGAAUUCCCCCCAGGGAAAGGGCCUGACCUUUCUCUCUCCCCCUCUAUCUCUCUCCCUCCCUCUCAACUUCACUUCCUAAGCCAAUUGGAGUCAGGUCACCUUGUCAGGAUCAAAGUUUAAGUGGAGAUAAUCCUUGUUAUUGUUGUUAACAAGGCAGAUGCAGGUUUGGGGGGCUGCAGUCUCAGCUAUUGGAAGAUUGAGGCCCCACCCUUUAUUGUACUGUUAUGUGUGUUUAUCUUUUCUAUUUGUGUCCCUGCUUGCUAAAGAGGCAUUGACAUGGCCUCUUAGGACAGCCUAGAACAGGGUCUCCAACCGUGGCAACUUCCACCCUGGAGGAUUUCAACUCCCAGAAUUCCCCAGCCAACUUUACUUUGCUGGCUGGGGAAUUCUGGGAGUUGAAGUCUGCCAGGCUGGAAGUUGACAUGGCCUAGGCCCUAGAAUGUUUGCUGCCAGGUUUCAGGCUUGGGUGGAAUCUGUCCUUACGCUGGUUUGCCAUUCAUAACUUUAAAGUCAGUACAUAAUUCUGAAGCAGGGUGGUGCGUGCAACUGUCCUUUACUUUUGUGUCUUUUAAUAUUUUGCAUUGGUUCUUUUUAUUAUUGGGAUGUGUGUAGGUGUGCAUUUAAUAUUGAGCUUGGGCAAAGGGUAAAAAGCACAUACGACUUUUGUCUGACUACAUUGGCUUUGCAAAAGAUUUCUUUUCCUGGGGAAGUGAAAUAGGUAUGGAUGAGUUCUGCAUUAAUUAUUCCCUCCGUCCCAUUUUGGUACAUUUAGCUGUUUUGUUUUGUUUUUUAAAUACAUUUUGUUGAUUUCUCUUUUUUUCUCUCUCAGGAUGUCUGGUUGAGGGAAAUAUUCUGAAAUCUACUGCCUGGCAGUUUUAACCAGCAGUGUGUUAAAAAAAAAUAAAAAUUAUAUUGUCAC